GUACAGUUUCAGUGUUGCCGUGAUCGCGUGCGGUGCCGCGUCGCACAUAUUUGAACCCAGGACGCGGGAUGAACGAGAACCGGAAGACGGAGGUCACUCCGUUUGAGGAUGCAUUGGACAAGACGGGCAACGGCAUCUACAACAUUCUACUGGUGAUCACAUGCGCGUGGAUCCUAUUGGCCAUCGGCAUAGAUCUUUUCGGGUUCAGUUUAGUGGUCGCUACGGCAUGUGACCUGAAUCUGACAGUUGCUGAGAAGGGGAUUUUGACUUCAUUACCUUUUGUGGGUAUCCUGUUAGUGUCAUACGUAUGGGGCUGUGUGUCCGACACGCAAGGCCGCCGGUUCUCACUGGUGCUCUCACUGCUGGCCGCCUUCGUGUUGUCAUGUCUCACCAGCGUGUCCCCCAACUGGCUGUUCCUAGGGAUGGUCAAGUUCCUUCCGUUUGCUUGUGAGUUUUCAUGCGCUGCGAAUUCGGCCACGUACACACUGGUGGGCGAGUCAUGCACCCGACGCGUGCGCAACAAAUACAUGCUGCUGAUGACGUGUCUGCUGCUGUUGUCACCUGCGGCUGCUGCUGUCCUCACCUACCCUACCCUGAAGCUCAAGUUCGCAGCUGAACUCACCUGGCUCCACGUGGUCUUCACCCCCUGGCGUCUCCUCAUCAUCGUCCUGGCCAUCCCCUCUGGCAUCGGUGGCUUGGCCAUCUACUUCUUCCACGAGAGCCCCAAAUUCCUGGCCAAUAUUGGCAGGAAGGAAGACGCUUUGGAUGUCAUGAAGAGCAUUUAUGCUGUUAAUCAUAGGUGUGCUAAGGAUAGUUUCAAUGUUAAAGCCCUCGAAUUAGGCGAGGAGACAUCCCGCAAGCAGAUGUCCCUCCUCCGCUCCAUGUAUGAGCAGAGCGCGCCCCUCUUCCGCCCCCCGCUGCUGUGGCGCACGCUACAGCUCUUCUACAUCGUUGCCGUGGUGUACAUCACUAACAACAGCUUCCUCGUAUGGCUGCCACAGAUCUUCAACCUGGUAAUGCUGUCCAUGGAAACUGGAACAGCGGAAGGCAAUAAUAUCUGCACACUCAUCUUACAUCGAAACAUUACACGGGCUGUUGCGGAUAACAGCACUAAUUCUACGGCUGGUACUGUAGAAAUUUCCCCAAACGCCUGUCUCGGCUACAUCGAAGACAACGUGAUUCUCACGCUCAUUGCCUCCCAAUCCGCCUUCUCCUUCCUAAACUUCAUCAUCUCUUACCUCCCCAACCACCGUAAGACUGUCCUGCUGACCAUCCUAUCCUUAUCCUCUUUGAGUGGAGCCUGCUGUAAUCUCAUGCCGGAGCCGGUCUCUAGCGUGUUCUUCUUCGUGCUUUUUACUUGCACAUGCUUGGGGAUGGGAAUUCUAGCGUCGUUCUUUGUGGAUUUUUAUCCGACGUCUUAUAGAGGAAUGGUGACCUGCCUUAGUAUAAUGGUGGGUAGGAGCAGUACGUUCAUCGGCAUUAACUUAGUGGGAAACCUCAUCUUCCACCACUGCCAGAUCACCUUCUACUUCUGGUCUCUACUGGUCUUGAGUAGCGUAGUGGCUGCUUGGUUCCUGCCUCCCGACAAAGUCAAGCCUGAAGUCAAGACGACUGCUAUGUAAUGUGCAAUUAUGGUUAUUGAAACAAGGACUGUCUGUGAUUUUAGGAUAGUGCCGUUAGUACAAUGAAAUGCACUUCAAAUGAAGCGCUUGAUCAAUCAAUCAAUCAAUCAAUCAAAAAUAUAAUUUAUUUAUGUCUGCUUAAUUAUAAGCUGUCAUGAAUAGUUAAUUACUUGAUACCUUAUUUACUUCAGUCAUCCUAACUAUAUAGAAGUUAAUUCCUAAGUUUCUGCAGUUAGACUGCACUUACAAGGUCAGCUUUUAGGAUGAUACAUUGGUAAUACAGCUAAACACUGAACGCGUGUAUCACAUAUAUGAUAUUUUAUAUAACAUUGCGAAUACCUUUUAUUUUAGAGUACUUAAAUUUAAUUUAGAAUGAAUUCUCCCUCUGCCAAUAUGUCACUUAUUAAUUUUGACAUCCUUUGAGGGACUAGAGGUCUAGCCAAGAUACCACAAUUUGUUGUAGGUUCGUCAAAAAACGCUACAUAAAAAAAGAAUACGAGAUGCUACAAAAAUUUAAGAAUAUUCCCAUAUAUUAUGACGACCGGUCUGGCGCAGUCUGUAGUGACCCUGCCUGCUACGCCGCGGUCCCGGGUUCGAAUCCUGGUAAGGGCAUUUAUUUGUAUGAUGAGCACAGAUAUUUGUUCCUGAGUC